CUGCAGAGACCAGGCUGCAGAGUGACAGCAAGACAUUUGCAAGGAGACAGUGCCAGACAGACAGACAGACAGACAGACAGACAGACAUGUCUCUAUCAGACAUCCGCCGGGUGCUUAUCAGUGACAGCCUGGCACCAGCCUGUGCCCAAAUCCUGCGCACCCAGGGGGGAAUCGAGGUGACGGAGAGCCCAGGACUGACACAUCAGCAGCUUCUGUCACAGAUCCAGGACUAUGAUGGCCUCAUUGUACGUUCAGCGACCAAAGUCACAGCAGAAGUUCUGACUGCAGGGUCCAGGCUGAAAUUGGUGGGAAGAGCAGGAACAGGAGUGGACAAUGUGGACGUUGAGUGUGCCACCAAGAACGGCAUCAUCGUAAUGAACACUCCAACAGGGAACAGUAUCAGUGCAGCAGAACUAACCUGCGGACUCGUUCUAAGCCUGUCCAGGCAAAUUCCACAGGCUGCUGAAUCAAUGAGAGCUGGAAAAUGGGAUCGGAAAAAGUUCAUGGGAUCAGAGCUGUAUGGGAAAACAAUUGGAAUCCUUGGCCUUGGUCGGAUUGGGAAAGAAGUUGCUAUCAGAAUGCAGUCAUUCCAGAUGCGGACCAUCGGCUAUGACCCCAUCAUCCCUGCUGAAGUCACUGCUCAGUUUGGAGUUCAGCAGUUUCCACUGGAAGAAAUCUGGGAGCAAUGUGAUUAUAUCACUGUACACACGCCCCUUCUCCCCUCUACUACAGGGCUGAUAAAUGACGCAGCAUUCUCAAAGUGCAAACAGGGAGUAAAGGUGAUAAACUGUGCGAGAGGGGGCAUCAUAGAUGAGGCAGCACUGCUGCGGGCACUGCAGAGUGGACAGUGUGGUGGAGCUGGGUUGGAUGUAUUUAUAGAGGAGCCUCCCAGAGAGCGAGCCUUAGUAGAGCACCCUCUUGUAAUUAGCCUGCCUCACCUCGGGGCCAGCACGGAGGAAGCCCAGAAUCGAUGCGGGGAAGAGAUCGCCCAACAAAUUGUUGACCUGGUGAAGGAUAGAGCACUGGUGGGAGCUGUCAAUGCACCUGCCCUAUUCAAGGCAUUCUCACCUGAGACCAAGCCAUGGAUCCAGCUGGGGGAAGCAAUGGGAAAUCUUCUUCAGACCCUGUUACCCGGUAUCAACGGGAACGUCCAAGUCACAACAUCUGGUGAAAUUCUGAAGGAUGCCGGCAGUUUCCUUUGUUCUGCAGUGACGGUUGGUCUCCUACGGGGGAACAAGGAGAAAAUCAACCUUGUCAAUGGAUCUCUAUUUGCCAAAAGCACGGGGAUUCAGGUCAGCUCCCAACACUUCUCAGGUGCAGGAGAAAUAAGACUGGAGGUUUCUGGCGGGGGUAUCCAGCUGGUUGGGAGUUUGAGUGAUUCCAUACCAUGUCUCCUAAAGAUUGGAACCUCAGAAUUCCGCAGCCCCGUUACACUCCAUGGCACUCUGAUUUUAUGGGAGGGUUCAGCCCCACUCCUAAAACUGACAGAAGUCCUUUCUGAGGCUGGAAGUCAACUGGAGAUGCUUCAUGUUUCAAAUGGACAUAGUGUGGCUGGAAUAUCUUCCCCUGUCUCUGACCUGUCCCUCUUGGGACCGUGUAUUCAGAUCACCCUGUAACCACACUCUCCAUUUACCCCUCUGGGUCUCUUUUUUUUUUUUUUUGUCACACAAGUGUGAAAUAGCCUGUAAUUAGCCAAUAAACCAUUCCAGUUUGCCUUCA